AGAGCCGGAAGUAAAGAGCCUCACCGUCCCAGUUUCUCCAUCAGAAGCUCCGAGGUGUGAACGGACUACAUCCACCAGGGGGAUUUUCAGACAGAUUCAGUCCAGCCUCUGGUCGGAGCUACCUUUGACGAGCACGUGUUUGUCGCAGUAAAGAUGUGGAAAGCAGCAGCAGGACAGUCAGUCAACGUGGCUGUAAACGAUGAGGGGGACGACUGGGAGACUGAUCCCGACUUUGAGAAUGACGUGUCGGAGAGGGAGCAGCGCUGGGGGGCCAAGACGGUGGAGGGCUCCGGACAUCAGGAGCACAUAAAUAUCCAUCGGCUGCGUGAGACCGUGUCCACAGAGCACACCAGCCUGAAGCAGAAAGAGGCAGACGCUGCGCCGAAGGCCUCGCUGGGAUACGGAGGAAAAUUUGGAGUGGAGCAGGACCGCAUGGACAAGUCAGCUGUGGGUCAUGAUUACCAGAGCAAGUUGUCCAAGCACUGCUCCCAGACGGACACCUCCAAAGGCUUCGGAGGGAAGUACGGCGUGCAGGCUGACCGCGUUGACCAGUCAGCUGUUGGGUUCGAGUACGCCGGGAAGACAGAGAAACAUGCUUCACAGAAAGACUACACCACUGGGUUUGGGGGGCGAUACGGCGUGCAGGCAGAUCGUGUCGACCAGAGCGCAGUGGGCUUCGAUUACCAGGGCAAAACCGAGAAACACGAGUCCCAGAAAGAUUAUGCCAAAGGCUUUGGCGGCAAGUUUGGUGUUGAGACCGACAAGGUGGACAAGAGCGCUGUGGGCUUUGAGUACCAGGGCAAAACUGAGAGGCAUGAGUCGCAGAAAGACUAUGUGAAGGGCUUUGGGGGCAAGUUUGGCGUGCAGACGGACAGACAGGAUAAGUCAGCGCUGGGAUGGGACCACCAGGAGAAACUUCAGCUUCACGAGUCCCAGAAAGACUAUAAGCGUGGGUUUGGAGGGCAGUAUGGGGUAGAGAAGGAGAAGCAGGACCAGUGUGCCCUGGGCUAUGAGCACAAGGAGAGCCUGGCUAAGCACGAGUCCCAGAAAGAUUAUUCUAAAGGAUUUGGAGGGAAAUUUGGAGUCCAGAAUGACCGGAUGGAUAAGAGCGCGGGGACUUUUGAGGAUGUGGAGAAGCCGGCUCCAUCUUACCAGAAAACCAAACCUGUGGAGGCUGCUGGCAGCAGCACAGGAAGCAUCAAGGCUCGCUUUGAGAACAUCGCCAAGCAGAAGGAGGAGGAGGACAGGAAGAGGGCCGAGGAGGAGCGGUUGCGUCGACAGGCCAAGGAGAAGCAGGAGCAGGAGGAGGCGCGCCGUAAGAUCGAGGAGGCGCCCAAAGCCCCAUCUCCUGUCCCCGCUAGUCCCAGUCCCACCCCUAGCCCGAUCCCACCGGUCCAGCCAGCUGCUGCCCCGGCCUUCCAGAAGACGGAGCCAGAGGAAGUGUCUCACGACGCGGCUGAGGAGAACGGCGAGCAGCUGUACGAGGUGGAGCCGCAGCAGGAGGACCUGUACCAGAACCCCGAGGAGACGGCAGCAGCAGGAGACGCCCAGCAGUACGAGUACGGCGAGGACCUCGGGGUGACGGCAGUGGCGCUGUAUGAUUACCAAGCAGCCGGCGACGACGAGAUCUCCUUCGACCCCGAUGACAUCAUCACCAACAUUGAGAUGAUCGAUGAAGGCUGGUGGCGAGGCGUUUGCAGAGGGGCCUACGGCCUUUUCCCCGCCAACUACGUGGAGGUUCGGCAAUGAUGACGCCACGCUGAGACGGCCCCGAGGUGUCCCCGUCCUUGUGCAAAAAAAAAAAAAAAGGAAAGGAAAA